AUGGCAUCAAAAUCUAAUAUUUUUGUCUUCACUAUCACUCUCCUCCUCGCCAUUCUUACUCUCCUCUCUUAUGCAACUGCUUCUCAUCCCCACAACAAUAGCUCUUCCCCAUUUGAGUUCCUUGAGCAUCUCAAGGGUUGUCACAAGGGUGAUAAGGUCAAAGGCAUCAAUGACCUCAAGAAAUAUCUUGAAAAGUACGGUUACUUGAACUACAGGAACCAGAGUCAUUCAAGCGACGAUGAUUUCGACGACCCUUUGGAGGACGCCGUGAAGACUUACCAGAUCAAUUACCAACUCAAGGCCACCGGAACAUUGGACGGCAAAACAGUGUCAAAGAUGAUGACGCCUCGUUGUGGCGUGCCGGAUAUCAUCAAUGGCACCUCGUCCAUGCGAUCAGCCAAGAAAAGGCACCACCAUGGUUCAAUUCAUAGCACUGCUCACUACUCAUUUUUCCGGGGAAAUCCAAAAUGGCCUUCCUCAAAAUACCAUCUCACUUACGGUUUUCUCCCCAACACCCCAUCCGAAGCCAUGGGCGCUGUAGCACGGGCUUUUGCAACAUGGGCUGGAAACACUCACUUCACGUUCAGCCAGUCCCAAAGUUACGAGAAUGCGGAUUUGAAGAUUAGUUUUCAUAAGGGUGAUCAUGGAGACCGGAAUUCAUUUGAUGGCCCGGGUGGGGUCCUAGCCCAUGCUUUUAGCCCGUCGGAUGGAAGAUUCCACUACGACGCAGAUGAGACUUGGUCUGUGGGUGCUACUCCAGGUGCUAUGGACUUGGAGAGUGUGGCUUUGCAUGAAAUAGGGCACCUUCUGGGACUUGGACAUAGCUCAGUGGAGGGAGCUAUCAUGGCCCCCGUUAUUCCCUCGGGAGUGGCUCGAAUAAGUUUGACUGGGGACGAUGUUCAAGGAAUAAGGGCUUUAUACAACGUCUGAGGACCUUCCUUUAUCAAAUAAGGUACAUGAAUACCCUGUGUUGAGAUUUUUCAGAUUAAAAAAUAAUGAAGAAAGUUGUAUGCAUGAAGAGCCAAUCCUUAGGCAAAUUUUGUUACAUUUUCUUCUGAUCGAGUUGGGGUGGUGAGAUGUGCCUCCCCCUUUGUUUUGUGCAUUUUAUUUCCACCUCAAGUUCGUUUGUGUUAGUCUUCUUCUUGUUCGCGGUAUUGG